GGUUUUGUUCGAUGCACGUGGAGGUCUCUCCGCGUGUCACGUACCGAUCGCGUUGUUUCGGCACAAAAUUUAUUCGAUCAAUUCGUGAAUAUCCUCCUAUUUGCGAAAUCUCAAAACUUUGCCGAGAAAAAUUGCGCGGGGAAACGACGCGGUUUCGCGACGAAGUCAAGAAAAAUCAUCGAUUCGCGACGAUAUCGGAAUUUCCUUUGUCCGUUGAGGUGAGAGAGACAAUGCCGUCCGACGCGAAGAAGAAGCAGCAGCAGAAGAAGAAAGAGGCGGCCAAGGCGAGACAGUCCGGGAAGAAGCCUCAGAGCAAUAAUCAGACGAAAAAUUCCGAGGACAGUAAGGAGCAGAGCCCGACGUUGGGGGACCUGCAGAACGGCACUAACGGCACGGCUAUCAGCGCCGAAGAGGCGUUGUGUCUGAAACUGGAAGCAGAUGCAAGGCUAAAUGCCGAAGCGCGCUCCUGCACCGGAUCGUUGGCUUCUCACCCGCGCAGCCGUGACAUAAAGAUAUCUAACUUUUCUAUUACCUUUCAUGGUUGUGAAUUGCUGCAAGAUACUAUGUUAGAAUUGAACUGUGGUAGACGUUACGGUUUAUUAGGUCUAAAUGGUUCAGGAAAGUCUACGCUGUUAGCAGUAUUAGGAAAUCGUGAAGUUCCUAUUCCGGAUCAAAUAGAUAUAUUUCACUUGACUAGAGAAAUGCCUGCGAGCAACAAGACGGCUUUGGAAUGUGUGAUGGAAGUUGAUGAGGAACGCGUGCGAUUAGAAAAACUCGCCGAGGAGUUGGUGGAUUGCGACGAGGAAGACGCUCAGGAACAACUUAUGGAUGUAUACGAGAGAUUAGAAGAUAUGUCUGCCGACACCGCGGAGGCUCGUGCUGCUCAUAUUUUACACGGUUUGGGUUUUACUGCAAAAAUGCAAACAACGCCUACCAAAGACUUUUCGGGAGGUUGGAGAAUGCGAAUAGCACUUGCCAGAGCUUUGUAUGUAAAGCCGCAUCUGUUGUUGCUGGAUGAGCCAACCAAUCAUCUCGACUUGGACGCUUGUGUGUGGCUGGAGGAAGAACUCAAAACUUAUAAACGAAUUUUAGUUAUCAUAUCCCACUCUCAAGAUUUUCUCAAUGGCAUUUGCACUAAUAUCAUACACGUCAAUAAGAAGCAAUUGAAGUAUUACACCGGUAAUUACGAGGCGUUUGUGAAGACAAGAAUGGAGCUGCUUGAGAAUCAGGCGAAACAGUACAACUGGGAACAGGAUCAAAUCGCGCACAUGAAGAACUACAUCGCACGAUUUGGUCAUGGAUCGGCGAAAUUAGCUAGACAAGCUCAAUCGAAGGAAAAGACGUUAGCGAAGAUGAUGGCGCAAGGUUUGACGGAAAAGGUUGUCAACGACAAAGUGCUGAACUUUUAUUUCCCUUCGUGCGGGAAAAUUCCGCCGCCGGUUAUUAUGGUUCAGAACGUCAGUUUUCGUUACACCGACGACUUGCCGUGGAUUUAUAAGAAUCUGGAAUUUGGUAUUGACUUGGAUACAAGAAUCGCGUUGGUCGGACCGAAUGGGGCGGGAAAGAGUACUCUGUUGAAACUGUUGUAUGGUGAUUUGGUGCCGACAAGCGGAAUGAUUCGCAAGAAUAGUCAUUUACGAAUUGGCAGAUAUCAUCAACAUUUACACGAAUUAUUGGACUUGGAUGUGUCGCCUCUCGAUUACAUGAUGAAAGCUUUUCCCGACGUCAAAGAGCGCGAAGAAAUGAGAAAAAUUAUUGGCCGUUACGGCUUAACCGGACGUCAACAGAUCUGUCCUAUUCGUCAACUAUCGGACGGUCAACGUUGUCGAGUUGUUUUCGCUUGGUUAGCUUGGCAAGUGCCUCACCUCUUGCUGCUCGACGAGCCUACCAAUCACUUGGACAUGGAAACGAUCGACGCACUUGCUGACGCCAUUAACGACUUCGAAGGCGGCAUGGUCCUUGUAUCGCACGACUUCAGAUUGAUCAAUCAAGUUGCCGAAGAAAUCUGGGUGUGCGAAAACGGAACGGUGACAAAGUGGAGCGGCAACAUAUUGGAUUACAAGGAGCAUCUCAAGGACAAGGUCUUGUCUGACAAUCAGAAAAGGCAAAAGGACUUCACAAAUCGGGGCAAAUAAUGUGGGUAGUGUUCUGAUUGUGUGAUUUGCAUUAUCCUUCUUAUAUAAUGUAAUAUCUUUCUCAUUUAUAGCAAUUGUUUUAUGAAUUGUAUAACACGCUAAUUGUUACUGAACGUGCGCCGUUUUCUGUAACGUAUCUUGGGUGAUACAGUCAGAUUACUUAGUUAAUUUAUUGACGCCAUUAUGACGAAAUUGAUCCUCUCUAGUUAACAAAACCUAAUAACGGUUAUAGCGCAAAUUAAUUAUCGUGGUAGAAUUCUCUAGAACAUACAUUUAGACAAAAAAAAAAAAAAAAAAANAAAANAAAAAAAAAAA